CCCUCUCAUACUCUCAUUUAAUAGGCUUCCGCAUUUUCGAAUGCUCUGCCUCCCAACACACGAGAAGUUUGUUUUUCUUCAUUACUUUUAUCUGGUUUCGACUUCAGAUCGUCUAUUCUUUUUCAGUCGUUGUAUUGCCGGCGGCUUUCCGGUCAACUGAACGGAUAUUUUGGAGGAAGUUGAAGAGUAUGCGAGACCUUUCUUUUAAGAAGAGUAUGCGAGAGGUUAGAUGAAUUACACAGGAAAAAUUAACAGGUCGGAAGAGUGUGCUUUGACAAAAUUUUGUUUCGCUUCUUCAAAUGCUCGUGAUUUAGCCAACUGUGUAGAAGUGAAGUUAUAAAUUUCAGAGUUGGAGAGAUCCAGUACUCCGGGUGAAGUUAUAAGAAUACAGAAGUCAAGUGAAGAUGCCGCAAGAAGCGAACUCUGAUUCGACUUUCACCACUCCUUCUAAGAGCCUAAGAGGAGGACUGAAGGGAUUGAACUGUCAAGAAGGUUUGUUUGCUGAGGAGGUCAUCAAUGACGACGAGUUGGCCCAAAGAAAGGCGGAAGAGGCUGCUUCAAGAAGGUAUCAGGCGGCAGAAUGGCUACGACAGAUGGAUCAAGGUGCGUCCGGAGUUCUACCAAAGGAACCCACCGAAGAGGAGUUCUGUCUGGCCCUGCGCAACGGCCUCAUUCUAUGCAAUGUCCUCAACAAGGUCAAUCCAGGCGCCGUGUCCAAGGUGGUAGAAAACCCAAUUGUUACAGUUCAAUCGACGGAAGGCGCUGCCCAGUCGGCGAUUCAAUACUUCGAAAACAUGAGAAAUUUCCUAGUAGCCGUUGGAGAUAUGAAGCUCUUGACGUUCGAAGCCUCCGAUUUGGAAAAGGGAGGCUCAUCUGUUAAAGUUGUUGACUGCAUUCUCUGUCUGAAAGGAUACCAUGAGUGGAAGCAAGCAGGUGGCAUUGGGGUUUGGAGGUAUGGUGGGACUGUGAAGAUAACAUCUUUACCCAAGGGGUCACCAUCCUCCUUAAUUGCCAGUGAAAAUGCUGAUGAGCCAUUGGAUGAUCCUGAUUUGUUUCACAAUAAAAAGCUGGAAGAAUUUCUCCUUUUUUCUACAAAGAUGUCACAUGAAGAAUCUAACACGACAAAAGCUCUGACUUACCUAUUUGAUCACUUUGGCCUUGGGUUACUACGGGCUUUUCUUAUGGAGUGGAAUGGGAUUGAGGAUUUUUCCUUAAAUGCAAUGCUAAUUGAUGCUGUGAUUGGCAAGGUAGUUAAGGAUUUCAGAGGGCUCAUUGUUUCACAUGGAAAUCAGCUAAUGUUGCUUUUGAAAGAAAUCUUGAAAGGUAAUGCUGGUUCUGCAACAAAUGCAGACUUCCUAGAUGCCAUUUCACAAUAUCUUGCCCAAAGAACACAUGGAAUAUCAAGUGCCUCAAAGUUCUGCAUUUGUGGUGGAAAGCCUCGUGAAGUCAGUCUUGGUGAUAAUCAUAAUUCCAGUCAUGCCAAAAGACUUGAUCUUCAACAGAAACAACUUGAGGAGCUAAAAUUAAUCUCUCAAGAGACAAAAGCUGAGGUUGAAGAAGUUAAUUUGAACUGGGAGGAUGAGCUCAAAAGGCUUGAGCAUCAUAUUAAAAGCCUUGAAGUGACUUCUUCUUCCUACCACAAAGUUUUGGAGGAAAACCGUCUACUCUACAAUCAAGUACAAGAUCUAAAAGGAACCAUCAGGGUUUACUGUAGAGUGAGACCCUUCUUACCUGGACAAUCUGAUGGGCAAUCCACUGUGGAUUACAUUGAUGAAAAUGGGAAUAUCAUGAUCAUAAAUCCUUUUAAGCAGGGAAAAGAUGCAAGGAGGAUAUUCUCAUUUAAUAAAGUAUUUGGGGCAAAUGCCACACAACAGCAAGUUUUUGUUGAUACCCAACCACUGAUCAGAUCUAUUCUAGAUGGUUACAAUGUUUGUAUCUUUGCAUAUGGACAGACAGGCUCAGGGAAGACAUACACAAUGAGUGGACCAGAUCUGACAACACAAGAGACGUGGGGCGUAAAUUAUCGAGCUCUAAAUGAUCUAUUCCGAAUAUCAAAAUCGAGAAUGGAUAUUAUAGAGUAUGUAGUUGGUGUUCAAAUGAUUGAAAUAUAUAAUGAACAAGUGAGGGAUCUAUUGGUCAUUGAUGGCUCUAACAGAAGGCUAGAAAUACGGAACAAUUCUCAAUUGAAUGGACUUAAUGUACCUGAUGCAAGUUUAAUUCAAGUUAGAUGUACCCAAGAUGUUCUAGACUUGAUGAGAAUUGGCCAAAGGAAUCGUGCUGUUGGUGCUACUGCACUUAAUGAACGAAGCAGCCGUUCCCAUAGUGUGUUAACAGUUCAUGUCCAAGGAAAAGAAUUGGCCUCUGGAUCCAUCCUUCGUGGUUGCCUUCAUCUAGUUGAUCUGGCUGGAAGUGAGCGGGUGGACAAAUCUGAAGCUGUUGGAGAGAGAUUGAAGGAAGCCCAACACAUAAACAAGUCACUCUCUGCACUUGGAGAUGUUAUCUCUGCCCUUGCACAAAAAAGUACACAUAUCCCCUACAGAAAUAGCAAACUUACCCAAGUAUUGCAAGAUUCUUUAGGUGGUCAAGCCAAAACCUUGAUGUUUGUACAUAUCAAUCCUGAAGUUAAUGCCAUUGGGGAGACAAUAAGCACACUAAAGUUUGCUGAGAGGGUGGCAUCAAUAGAGCUAGGGGCUGCUCGCUCUAAUAAAGAAACUGGUGAAAUCAGAGAACUUAAAGAAGAGAUCUCAAAUCUUAAAUUGGCAUUGGAGAGGAAAGAAGCUGAGCUACAAAAACAGAAACUUGGGAAUAGUCGAAUUGGUAUGGAGUCCCAAAAAGUGAUAACAGUCUCACCGUUAAGCGUGUCGAGAUAUGGAACCAGUGUCAGUGUGAAACCAGAAAGUAGUCAGUUGUCCACUGAUGACAGUAGAAGCAUUGAGGCCAGAAGCUGUUCUUCGGGUAAGCAGAGGCGGUCUCAUUUUUCCUCUCGGUUCACAGAUAAGGAUCAAAUCCCAAAGAUGCAUUUUAUUGAAGAGAACUUCAUCAACUCUGUAAAACAAAGGUCACCUUCCCCUCCUGUGAGGAGAUCAAUAUCUACUGAUAGAGGGGCCUUAGCUAGAAGCAGGCUCAAGCUAGACUCUUGUGACAACUCGCCCAUGGUGAAACCACAUCUUCCAGCCAGAGUUGCUCUCAAUAAAUCUGUGGCAACAAUACCAGGGCUCCAGGCAAAUGAUAACUUAAAAGGGUGCCGUGGUCCACUGGAGCUAGAGAAGCAAGACAAUGUGUCUGAUGUGUUCUACAGUCUCCAAAAUUUGAACUCAAGGAAAGUUCAUCCUGAACAUGAAGAAGAGCAGUUUAAGCAAGCACUAAAUAUCAGGAAAGGAGGCAUUAGGAAAAACAAGAUGGAGAGUAAGUCUAAGAUCAAACAUCAGCUGCCCACAUUGCUUUUGGAUGCUGAAGUAAAGAUGGAGGAGACUCGAAAGAAUGAUUUUUCUGAGACAGAAAAUGAGAAUGCGCUUAUUGGAUCACCAAUAUAUGGUAGUUUGAGGAUGAAAAAGCAUAGACAGAACUUUGCAAGGAGCUCUCAAAAUCUUGAACCAAGAGGAUCAGUGCAGGCAGUUGACCAACCGUUGAUAGGGAAGAAUGAAUACAAGCUUCCUUGUUCAAUCCGCUGUGGGAAGGAUGGAAUCAACAUUUCCAUGCUUGACUCUAGGAGAAUCCGAUCUUCAUCCCAUGGGAAGUCCAUGAUUUGACCUUAAAAUUCCUCAGUAUAUACUAUCAUAGUCAUUUUGUCCAAAAUUGUUGGUUUCUUUUGUACAGUGACAGGGCCCAGAGUUAAGUUAUUCUUUCAAUUACAGGAUGUUGAACCUGUUGAAGGUGAUAAAGGUUUAUUUUUUAUUAGCUGGAGUUGUGUAUGUCUCUUUUCCAGUUCAGUAUAAUUCUGACAUCAACUAUGCAUCGUAGAGCACAUAUCCAUAGACUGAUACUGGCCAUAGUGCUAUGGUGCUUGAGUUCUCUGUGUUUGUAGUUUGUACUGGUAUAAUACUAGUCCACAAUAUUUUAAUGGAGUUGUGUGACAGGAAUCCCUUUCUUGUUCUUCAAAUGGGAUUUAUAAUGGUUUAUCACUUUGUC